AUGUCUUUAUUAGAAGAAAAGCGGGCGAUAUUGGAAGAAUUGGAGUUGAUAGAGGAUGCGAUCAGUGAUAGAAUAGCCAGAAAUCCUGAAGUAUUUUACUCAUAUAUACAUGAACUGUCGAUUGUCAAUUCCGAUGAGAAAGUGCUUUCCAAUAUACCUAACGUUGACAUAACGGCCAAUAGAGUUUAUAUGAUUAAGAAAAGUAAAAGAAGUAGAAAACAGAUUUUACUUCAGCAACAUGAAAUUUCUAAAUUUCUUUCAUAUUAUUUGAAGAAUGUUAAAAAGUUGAAUGGAUAUAAGAAUGACAAUGUUGAUGAAUUUAAAGAUCAUAAUCAAAAUUUUGAACUAUUUCGGGAUCAAAUACAGCGGAUAAAAGAGAAAUAUGCUGAAGAAUCUAAUUCAGAAGCGUUUGAUGCUUCCCUUGAAGCUAGAAAAUACCAGUAUACUAUGUUUUCAAAUUCCAAUCAUCAAAAAAAAGAUAUCCUAUCAUUGGAGGGCCAAUCCAUUGACAUUAAUAAAAAAUUCAGUUGGGAAGAGCACUACGGCGAGUAUUUGCAUUUGGACCAAUAUCAUCAGGAAUAUUUGAAUAUUGUGAAAAAUGCAAAUGUAUCCCUGUUACAAUUUAUUGGGUUUUUGCAGACUUUCUGUGAUCACGGUCAUCUGAAGAAUCCACCCGUUGACAGAAACAGCAAAAUAUACCAUGGAUUCCUUGAAAGAUUACUUAAAUACGUUAACAGCUUUUUUGAGAGCGCUUUCCCAUUGAUUAAUCAUGUUCAAUUUCAGAAAAGGAUAAAGAAUAGCUUUGUAGAAUACACAAGCACGCCAAUUGAAGACAGCAGCAGGGGAUGUCUAUGUGUUGCAUGUGGGAAAUGGUUCAAAGCUAUCACCGUAUACACUUCUCAUUUACAAGGUAGGAAACAUUUGAAUAACCUUAAAUGUAGAAGGCGCUCAUUGAUGGUCGAAUACACUCUACAAAACCUCUUUACUUGCUUGAAUAAGGAACUAGUUUCUACAAAAUCAUUUGUAGAACGGAAAUACGCAUUUACAGUAGAAGAACGAAUACAAGAAUUAGCCAAGCUAAGAGAUGCGUACAAUGCUAACGCUUAUGGUGAUCAUGAAAGGGAAGAUUCUCAGGAAGAUCUUAGCGUCUCGUCUUCUAAGGAAACCCCGCCAGAUGACAACAAUCCACUAAACCUGCCAUUAGGUCCAGACGGAUAUCCGAUUCCAUAUUGGCUGUAUAAAUUGCAAGGUCUAGAUAUAGAAUACACAUGUGAAAUCUGCGGGAAUCAUCUAUACAAAGGCCGCCGUGUGUUUGAGCGACAUUUUCACGAACAGCGCCAUACCUACGGAUUACGCUGUCUGGGAAUUGAACCAACAUCAACCUUCAAAGGUAUCUCCAAGAUUUCAGACGCCCAGAUAUUAUGGAGUAGACUAAAAAACAAUAGUCAUCUCAAUUCUGCAUCCGCGACGUAUCCUGAUGCAACCUCUAGUCGAGCUGUAGUUACAAACAACAAGCUUGAGAUUGAAAUGGAAGAUGAAGACGGUAACGUAAUGUCCCAUCGCGUAUAUGAAGACCUGAAGAAACAAGGCCUUUUGUAG